UGCUCGCACGAUAAAACUUUUACUCUUCUCGUGCUCUCUCCAUUAAGAUCAGGAGUUAUUUCAUUACCUAACGAAUAUAUUUUUGUUUUGUAAGACGCGAGCGGUGUCAAAGUCCAUCCAGUCCCCAGAAAAAGCGACGUCAAAUCAAUUAUUGUUAUCUUGGCACGUGGAUUCAACGAAAACGCUGGUCGACAAGACUUCACGUUUGCAACAUUAAUUUCACCGCGUGGCUCAUUCAAACAGAUGUAAAUUGCGGCGAGAUAUCAAGCAGCUUAGCUCUCAACAAACUGAACUUUAGCAGAGAAAUGUUUGUGUUAUUGAGCCUCUUGGUGGGUGCUGUUUUGCUGCAGCCUAUUUGUGUUGUCUCCAAAGGUAUACCUGAAAUUAUAAGUAACGGGACGGCUGUUUCUACCAAGGAGGACGAUAUAGCACAUUUCACGUGCACGUCGCGUGGGGAUCCCAGUCCUUUCCUUCGAUGGGAGCGAGAUGGAGUAACGAUUAAAGAUACAGAUGAGGGGGUCGCUGUUUUGAAAAAGAGUAAUGCCACUCUAGAAGAAAGUCAUUUAUUUGUCGCAGUUACUGACAGUGAGAGACGUGGAAAUUACAUUUGCGUGGCAAGAAAUGCGGAAGGAGAAGUAAAAAUGACAUUCACCAUUGACGAAUACCUCCAGGAGGGACUUACAUCGACUGACAAAGCUGCCAUUGGUAUAUCAAUUGGGUUAACGUCGUUCUUUGUGAUUUCCAUUGCGAUUUUAUUGAAGCGCGGAUCAAAUCAGAUGAAGAAAUCUGACCGGAGGCAAAGAGCAAGAACCUUAUCACAAUCUUCCCACUCUUCUCUGAGCGGUGCGGAAAGCAUUGCUUUAGUGCACUCCACGCCAAAUAAUGAUGACGAUAAAGAAAUAAGAGACGGUGCAGCAGCCAACCAUGAUCCUGAACGUGAUAGACCUGCAAGUCUUGAUUGCACAUCGUCAGUGUGAAUUAAAAGACAAGUAAAUACGUGUUAAAUAUUUAAUGUAACGACAAAGCUUUCACGAAGUUUUACUCAAGCUAGGCAUAAUGGGCAUAUCGUUCGAUGUAAGCGUAGCAAUAUUCGCUUGGUGAUUGAAACUAGCGCUUUCGCCUAUCUCGUUGGUUUUGUAUUCACCCUCACUAGGGUGGGGUUUCUGAUUAAACCCAAAGAGUACAAUCGUUAAACUUAGCAAAGACAAACAAAGAAGAGGGUAUUUUCCUUGCCUGUUUUCUCUUCUUGGUUUCGCUAAAACUCCUUUAGCGUUUUGUCUCCGCCGCAAUUUUUUUUAUUUGAAAUAGGGUUUCUCGUGCAUGUGUAGGUUUUCAUUUGCUACGUAGUUCAAAACCGAUUAUACAACAAUUGUCAAUUGGUUGUAAAAAGUAAUCUGAAAUUGCUUUGUUUUUGCUUUACUUCGCUCUGUGAUUGGUCCAGAAAACUUGCGUCACUCUCUCAGCCAAUCAGAUACAAGACUAAAACCAAUCACGGCUUGGUCGCACGCAUUUUCCCGCACUUUCGGAAGUUUAGUUGGUUUUAUUUUUAAUUCUCAGUGGCUCUCAAAUGUAUUUCCUUUCUUCUGCUCGGCCUUUGUGAUCACUUCGGUUGUGGUUUUGAUGACACUCGAUCGGAAGGUGUUCUUCUGAUACACAUGAUUUGCGACUUCCGUCAGUGAACAAUGAUUUUUUUUUUCAAUUAGCUAGCAGAGAGUAUUUCGAUUGCACGAAUUAAACCAAUAAAAAACGAAUUGAUUCUGACGGCCUAUUCGGGCGAAGGCCACCAUCCCAAGUAACUAAUGAAAACUCAGCGUAGAAAAAGCAAUCUGCCUAAUAAGCGCAGGAAAAUUCAAAUGAUGAAGUCUAGACUGUUUUCGGGUUGGCAUCCGACGCAAGGGUGACGCAAGUUCGCAGGUUCUCAAGUCCGAACACGUACUUCAAUGAAGCAAAUACAAAGCUCUCCCAGAUUAUUUAACUGCUAAGUCGAAAAUUGCCUCAUAUACACCGAAUCGAAGGAUGGCAUCCAAUUUGAAUUGCCACUGUUCUGGACUCAAUAGCCUCUCACACAUGUGAUAAUCCUAUUGUGUUUCCAUGUGAAGACGAGGCUAGUGAUCAUGAGUCCAGAACAAUGGCAAUUCAAAUUGGACACCAUCUUACGAUUCGGUGUAUAGACUAGUACGUUUUAAAUGACUUCCACUUGUUCUUCCACAUGCUUUUAUGUCCUCCGCACUUUCCGUACGUUUAAAGCAAAAGAAAAUAAUGAAAACAGAGCUUCUGGUGGUUUGCAUAGUUGUUAAGUUGAACUUACUGUGAACCUUUUUGACCUCAGCAAUUUCCAAGGAAUCAUUAUUAUUUUUUUAAAUUUACAUACGAAAAAUCAGUUGCAGUUGUGUAGGCGUAUUCUUUGAAUUUAUCGGCCGAUCAUCUAGUAUUCCAGUGCACCAAUUUUGCCGAAAUACAAACAUUUCGCUUUUUUUUUUUUUGGCUUCAUUUUUAAUACUCUCCAUCAUAUCAAUCUUCAAUGAGUGCCCGACAGGGAACAGUGUGAGGGUGUAUCUAAGGCUAGGGUCUUACUCCAGAUUUGAAAUACAGAGAAGGAUUUUUACCUCG